AAACCUCAGAGAGAGGUGGGCCGAGGUCAGUAACAGCUGCGUGUUGUUGUACGAAGCCCGUGCCACAAGACAAAAAAAAAAUAGCGUUCCAUUUUUAAAUUUUCAGUUGUAUCUGUGGUUUUGUUUUGGAGCGUACCUAACUAAAAAUGAAGCUCAAGUCGGAACUAAUGAUCCAGCCAAGUGGCGAAGUAUGGAAGAAAAUAAGAGCGGAGUUGAAAGAAGACGUCAAUACAAGGGACAGAGACCUCGCCAUCAUUAAAGAGUGGCUGCGGAAACAACCCCACCUGCCUGACCAAUGGGAGGAUAAUCCCCUAAUGACCUUCCUGCGAGGCAGUAGCUUCUCACUAGAGAAAUGUAAACGGAAACUGGAUAUGUAUUUCACGAUGCGCGCCGCCUGCCCCGAAUUCUUCACUAAUAGAGAUGCAUCGAGCCCACAAUUACGAGAGGUGCUGAAGUGCAAGCUGCAGGGUCCACCUCUUCCUGGAGUUACACCAAGUGGAAGGAGGGUUACUAUAUGCAGAGGUGUCGACGCAAGUCUAUCUCCUCAACAAGUAACGGAUAGUCUUAAGCUGGCUCUCAUGAUCGGUGACGUUAGGCUUAUGGAGGAAACGGAGGGCGUAGCUGGCGACAUCUAUGUGCUGGAUGGCGCAGUGCUUGGCCCGAGUUUGUUGGCCAAACUAGCGCCAUCUACUAUCAAGAAGUUUAUGAUCUGUGUGCAGGAAGCGUACCCAGUGAAAUUGAAGGAAGUUCAUAUAAUUAACACAUCACCGUUAGUAGAGAGAUUUAUUACGUUCAUAAAACCUUUCCUCAAGGAGAAAAUAAGGAAACGCAUUUUCAUUCACAAAGAUGUUAAAGACUUAUACAAGUACAUCCCACAAGAGAUGUUGCCAGUAGAAUAUGGUGGUAAAUGCGAAAGCAUGAACUCCUUACAAGAGAAAUGGUCCCAAAAACUGAUCGAAUACCGCGACUGGUUCAAAGCGCAGGACGCGCUGGUUGUCAAUGAGAAACUUCGAGCCGGCAAACCGACCAACUACGACGAACUGUUUGGCAUUGACGGCUCUUUCAGACAAUUGGCCAUCGAUUAGUUGAUCCGUUUAUUAUUAAUCUGCGCUGGUUUUUAAUAUUGAUUAUGAUCCGUAAUCUGGGGGAUUAAUCAGUUGUUAUACUGUUAGAUAACUUUUUUCCCCUCCACUUUUUUCACAUUUAGUUAACGAAGGAAUGAAUAAAGAACUGUAUUGCUUCUGUAAAUUUUGGAUCUAGAUCUAUUAUUGAAACUGGCCGUUAGUGAAAUAGGCACUGACAUGCUGACACUUCUGGAAGGAUGUUUUUAUGCUCAGUUUACAUCGCAUUAAUCGUAAUGAAUUCAAAAGUAAAUGGUCAAUUAUAGAUAAUAAAUUUUUUGGAUGUUUUCAUUCGCUGGACUGAAGCAGUGAAAACGGGCAGGGUUUAUAUCUUUCGUCUGAACAUGACAUCUUUUUUGUGCCUGUGUUGAUCUAGUGGAAGCAGUUUGAUUUGUUACAAACUUUCUAUGAAUAAAGAAACUGAGCUAUUACUAUGGUGAAAUAAAUAUCUUUAGCGUGCAUAAUAUUUGUUAGUCGAAUUGUCAGUUGCCUCAAUUUUUCUUAUUGUAAAACGCAUUUUGUGCGUAAAAUAUGGAAUAAAUAUUUAGUAUUAUCUAUAAUUUAGAUGAGGCUUUAUGCUAUAGUAGUAAGAAUAAAAUAUAUGCUAUAACUAAACUAUAUGGUGCUAGAAGUUUCAGGGGGGGGAUACUUCUCAAAGGACUCUAACCAUACGAAUCACCCCAUUUCAGUUUUUAAAUUCACCUAUUAUGUAUUAUAUUCUUUCAACUAACUUUCAAAACUUGAACCUACAUUACAUAAGGCACAGAGCAUUCGCUUUUUUUGGAAUAAAUAUUUUAUAUCAACAAUCAAUCAAAAGACAUGAAAAAACAAAAAAGCUGGUUGUGUGCGUUAAAUAUUGUGGAUUAAAUUUGUUCGCAUUUUUAUUAUUAAUUACCUUCUUGAAAGAGAUAGUAGAUUCAGGCUAUUUACAAAGUAUUAGCCAUUUACAUCUGUGAUGAUUUAGUUUUAUUUUCAUAAUCAUAAUAAGGUUAUAUAUUUAUACAUACCAAUAUAACUACUUCGUUAAACUUUCAUGUGUAUUUUAUAUUUUUGUGAUCUUCUUAAAAGCUCUAGGAUUUAUAUUUAGCUAGUUUAAGGCAAUAUAGAUUUUUCAAGAUAUUUCUAAUGGUUGUAUCAAUUUUUGAAAUUUAUAAUCGCAUAAGAUUAGUGAGUAAGUUACAACAAAAAAUCAUAUAAAAAUAAAGGAUAUUUUAGAAAA